UCUCUCUAGUUUUCCUAGGGUUUGAGUGUCAUAGUCGUGGUCCUCCAUUUUUUCUUCUCGAUUCUUCGAGGCUUUAAUCCCUUCUUGGGAUUGAAGUCAGUGAUGGCGGAUGAAAUAUUAAAUAAAGUAUCGAAUCUAAAGAUUACAGAAGCAGAAAACCAAGUGAUUUCGUUUGAUGAAGGUGCGAAUGAGGACGAUAAUCAUGAUCUUGCCCUAUCUCUAGUAGGACGAGUCUUGACAGUACGAUCAUACAAUUUCGAGGCUUUAAAGCGUACUCUGAACCAAAUCUGGGCUAUCUCUAAUGGCGCCUUGUUUCGGUCGAUAGAGAACGGUUUUUUCGUGGUGCAAUUCGCUAAUCUCAGAGACAAAACCAAGGUCUUGAAUGGAAGACCCUGGACCUUUGACCAAAACCUCAUACUUUUGAGCGAAAUUGAAGGAGAGUUGCAGCCCUCGAAUAUGUCUCUGACGUUGUGCCCCUUUUGGCUCCGUAUAUAUAAUCUGCCCAUGGCUUAUAGGACGGAGAAACAUAUCAAGAUGAUUGCGAACAGUAUGGGAGAGGUUCUUGAAUAUGAUUCGGAUGGAAUCUUGUGGGACAAGUCGGCCCGAAUACGUGUGCUUUUAGACGUAACCAAGCCAUUGAGACGGAUUCAACGCAUUUCUUUGAAGAAGGGUGAACCGGUUAUGGUGGAGAUUAAGUAUGAACGGUUGCCGACGUUUUGUUACGUUUGUGGUAUAAUAGGUCACAUCGAGCGGGACUGUUGGGUUCACCAAGAAGAGGAGAAGGAGAUUGAGAAGCAAUGGGGGUCAUGGCUGCGUGCCUCUCCAAGAAAGGGUAGAAUAAAGAUGGAAGAGGAGACUAGGGCCUUCCUUAGUUGUGCUCGUAAUCUCACCUUUGCAAAUACCAAAGCUGCUACUGUAGAGGAGGCUCCAAUAUGCGAAACCGAGCAACCUUCUCUCUCAUUUCCUCUCACGAAUGAUUCUAAGCAACAUGGGGUGAGUGGUAGUGUUCAUCUCCCUCCCAUUACCACGCCAACCCCACCUGGGGAGUCAGGUCAGAAUGUCGUGGCUACGCCACAUCAUGUUGAUACUUUUGUUUUUAAUGUUGGUCCUAAACCUGUCAAAACUACAUCCCGCAAACAUAAAAUAAAGGCAAGAGUUGUUCCCAUGGAAAUAAAUGAAAGUGUCACUGUUGAAACAAAUGUGCAUGGUCAUAAUUUGCCAGGAGAUAAGCGAAAAUUCCCGGAUCCUAUGGUUGUAAAUGAUGAUACGAUGGUGGAAAGUGUGAAUGUGAAAAAGAUGAAACUAGAUGAUUCCCAUGUUCCUGGCAGUGUUCUGGUAACUGUCGAGGCGGAGGUUGGUUCAACCCAACCCCGCCCGGCAUUAUGA